AUGGGAAGUUCAUUUGCAUACUGUUGUGCAAUGUGUGAGAUUGAUUUGCAUGUCAAUUGUGCUUUCUUGCCGCACAAGAUUAGCCACCAAUCCCAUCAUCGGCAUGAAUUGAGAAUCAACUAUGGAGAGCCUGAUAUUAAUCAUGAUGACAAGGUCUCACAAACAAGUCAGGAUCAUUGUAAUCCAGAAAGUGAAAAUCCCUCGGCAGCUCCGGCGGAUCCAUUAGCUGAACUGUUGGAGGUUCAGCUUCAGAUGCAAAGGGCUCAGGUGUGUGCACAGAUGAUGUCAUCAAUCAUCUCAGCUGCUAGGAUUGGAUGA